GCGAUCGAGCCUUCAAAACAAUGAUUUUGCUUGCGAAAUAUCAUUAAUUAAAUUGUAAUAAAUAUAGACAGCUUUAAAAUGCUAUCUCGUCAAGUACUUUUUCUACGUGGAUUCAAUCAUUCGAGGAAUUUUAGAGUGAAACAAUUUGAGAACUUGACAAGGAAUAUAAAAAGUAAGAGACCAGAGGAUUAUAAGCUUACACCUGUAACUAAUUCACCGACAUACAUACAGGAAGGCUUGAUAGCUAGAUGUGGAUUAUUCACAGCCGUUUUUUGCACAUCAUGUUUUGUGGGUGCUUCAAUUUCUGAAUAUGAAAGGAUUAGAAGAAGAGCCGUUAAUGCACUUCGGAAUGCAAAUCCUUUGGAAUGGAUGAGAAAGCAUCAAAAUUCAAUUAAUGAUAAGCAGAAAGAACUGAAUGAUGAAAUAGCUAAAUUAAAGAGGAAUUUAAAUCAGAUGUGGAACCAAUUAACACCGGGAGAGAAAGUAUGGGCUCCAAUUUUAGUUGCUAAUGUGAUAGUUUUUGGACUUUGGCGAGUUCCAUCAUUAAGAGCAACGAUGUUAAGACAUUUUGCAUCAAAUCCAGCAAGUCAGGGCAUUUCAGUUUACUCAAGCAUGUUCUUUUCGACUUUCAGUCACUAUUCAUUAUUUCAUUUAUUUGCGAAUAUGUACGUUCUGCACAGCUUUUCAUCAGCUGUAAACAGUUUAGGAUAUGAACAAUUUAUAGCUCUUUAUUUAAGUGCCGGAGUUCUUUCAUCUUUCACUAGUUAUGCCUUUAAAGCUUUAACUUAUUCACCUGGAUACUCAUUGGGUGCAUCUGGUGCUAUUAUGGCAAUUUUAGCGUACGUAUGCGCUCAAUAUCCAGACACAAAGUUAUCUAUCAUGUUUAUUCCACAAUGGCAGUUUUCAGCAGAAUCUGCCAUUAGAUUUAUAAUAUGUCUUGAUUUAGCGGGUCUUGCAUUUCGAUGGAAGCUCUUUGAUCAUGCUGCUCAUUUAGGUGGUGCCGCUAUUGGACUUUUUUGGUGUUAUUAUGGAAAAGAUAAAUUGUGGCCACAGCGUGAGCACUUAGUAAGUCUUUGGCAUCAAUUUCGAGGAAAGCCUAUUAAAUAAAUUGACGACUCUUUGUUCAUCUAUAAAACAUAUGCUGCAAUAAAUGUCAUUCAAAAGCGA